GAAUCCACCCGAAGGGAAAGGACAUUAGGUUCCUCGAUCUCGAUGGCUCACCUACUUCUUCAGAAAACUUGCUGUAUCUUCUGCAUCUUUGCGAUGGCCACCGUUUGCGUAUUAGACAGUGCAGUCGCCAUGUGGCUAAACCAUGGAGGCGAUUUGAGCAACACGAGAAGUGCUCGAGAAGAGAUGUUGAUCAGCCCGCUGACCGUCCGGGGUUUACAGUUGAGAUGGAAGUUCAUCGCCGGGAAGGAUAUAUCCGCCACCCCGGCGAUAGCCAACGGCUUCGUGUAUUUUCCCUCGUGGAACGGCUACUUGUACGCCGUGAACGCGUUCUCCGGCGAUUUGAUAUGGCAGCAAAACCUAAGCGAGUUGACGGGGCUCAGGGGCACCGGGGUUACAGUGAACGUGACAGUCUCGAGGUCAACCCCUACAAUAGCCGGACCCCUCCUGAUCGUCUCCAUUUAUGGACCUGCAGUCGUUAUCGCCGUAAGCCGAUUUGACGGGAGACUAACGUGGUUGACUCGGCUUGAUCCCCGGCCUCUAGCAGUAAUAACAACCUCUGGAACGGCUUAUAUGAGGGGAUUCUAUGUUGGAGUAUCAUCACUCGAAGUGACCUUACCUGCGGAGCAAUGUUGCACUUUUCGAGGCAGUUUGGCGAAGCUCAGUAUUAGGUCAGGAGCAAUCAUAUGGCAGACCUACACAAUCCCAGACAACGGCGGUAAGCGUGGCGGCUACUCCGGUGCCGCCAUAUGGGGAAGCAGUCCCGCGAUCGAUCCGAGAAGGAGGCUUGUGUACGUAGGCACUGGGAACCUCUACACGGUCCCACAAGCGGUAGCACAAUGCCAAGAGAAGCAAAAUAACCAAACCACGAAGCCAAGUCAACCCGAUCAGUGCAUAGGGCCGGGUGUGAACUUCGAUUCCAUCAUGGCAUUCGACAUCGAAUCGGGGAGGAUCAGAUGGGCGCGACAACUCGGAGGAUAUGACGUGUUUUACUUUGCUUGCUUGGUGCCAAAUAAUCCCGACUGUCCUCCCGGACCGAACUUGGAUGCGGACUUUGGCGAGGCUCCCAUGCUGCUCAGUAUAUCGGCGAAUGGCACCUGGAGAGACAUCGUAGCUGCCGUGCAAAAGAGUGGCUUUGCUUGGGCUCUGGACCGAGACACCGGGGACAUAGUAUGGUUCAAAUUGGCAGGGCCCGGCAGCCUAGAGGGAGGAGGCAUAUGGGGUGCAGCGACGGACGGACAAAGAAUCUACACCAACAUCGCCAACAGCAAUCGAGUGAGAUUCACCCUAGCCCCUUCGACCCAGACUACAACGGCAGGUGCGUGGGUCGCGCUCGACGCAAACACAGGCAACAUACUCUGGUCCACAGCGAACCCAAGCAACGAGAUCGCAUCCGGGCCAGUCUCAGUAGUCAAUGGUGUUGUUUUCGCUGGGUCACCUGCUCCUAAUGGUCCCUUAUACGCGAUGGAGGCAAUGACGGGGAAGAUCUUAUGGUCAUACAACACGGGAGCAACAGUUUAUGGGGGCGUGUCGGCAAGUUACGGGUGCGUCUACCUGGGGAGCGGGUAUAGCGUUAGUACGGCAGCGUUCCAUCCUACUUGGACACCAGGGACUUCCCUCUACGCGCUCUGUCUGGGAUGAGAUACCCAUCCCGCUUUGGGCAAGGACUAGGUUGUUCCAUGCUCAAAAAGUCCAUGGAUAUAGCAGCCAGAAGAAAUAAAAGAAGGGCAUAGUUGCUUUCAAGUUUCAAUU